AUGGAUGCUUCGACCAGAGAUGAGAUGGCACAGCGGAGUGGCAUUUGCAGUCUGGGCCACUUGGCCAAGCACGGUGGUGUGGCCUGGCGUGGUGCUGGCACCGUGGCGGUGAACCGCAUCUUGCGGGCCUUGCAACAUCACAAAGGCAGUGCAGUGCUCCAGGCGACGGGCUUGUGGGCGCUGGGACGCCUGGCAGAACGCGUGGAGCCCAGCCAGGGCGGCAUGCAGGACGCAGCUCGACGUGCCAAAGAAUGGCAUCCAGAGAGUGCGCUGGUACAGCGCCAUGCAGAUGACCUCAUCGGUUUUCUCCAAAGACGAGACGCGCACUGA